AUGUCCCCUACUCCUAUGAUUCAUGUGGCACUCUUGCCAAGCUCAGGUAUGGGCCAUCUCACUCCAUUUUUGAGACUAGCUUCAUUGCUUCUCCAACAUCAAUGUCAUGUCACUCUCAUCACUCCGCAACCAACAGUUACAAAAGCAGAAGAAGAUUUCAUCUCUAAGUUUCACUCUUCAUUCCCUCAGGUGAAUAGAGUUCAGUUUCAUCUUCUUCCUUUUCAUGAUAAUGCUGCUGCCACGACUAACACUUCUGUUGAUCCUUUUUACCAACAAUUUGCAUCGAUACGUUGCUCUUCACACCUUCUAUCACCUCUUCUUGCUUCACUUUCACCACCUUUAUCUUCAUUCAUCUAUGACAUGACAUUGAUUUCACCUAGUCUUCCUAUUGCUGAAACCCUUUGUGUUACUCAUUAUAUCUUGUUCACUUCUUCGGCCACCAUGUUCUCGUUCUUCUCUUACUUUCCCUCAUUGGCUGCUGCUACUACAUCGUUUUCUGAAGUCGAUGUAGUUGAGAUUCCAGGUGUUUCGUCCAUGCCAAGAUCAUCUAUCCCUCCAUUAUACAAACUCAAAAUAACUGAAGAUUUAAGUCAUAAAUCAAAUGACUAUACGAAGUAA